UAUAAUGUAUAUACAUACUAUUAACUGUUUUUACUUCCUACUUACAUGCAUAUUCUCAUUAUAUUUAUUUCUACAAAGAACAGAAAUCCAUCCUCCAUUUAUAAUGAAAAGGGACAGGAAUAAGAUGGCUGAGAGGAUAUUGAAUCUCACCCUGGAGAUCAUCUACCUGCUGACUGGAGAGGAUUACAUAGUUGUAAAGAAAUCAUGUGAGCGUGGCAGCAGUCCCCUUGUGUUCAAAGAGUGCUGCAGGACCCAGAGCCCAAUCACGGUGUCUCCACCUCACUCGCUGAUACAUGAGAGAAACUAUGACCAGAAGAUCCUGGAACUAACCAAUCAGAUCAUCCAGCUGCUGACUGGAGAGGUUCCUAUAAGAUGUGAGGAUGUCACUGUCCAUCUCUCCAUGGAGGAGUGGGAAUAUCUAGAAGGACACAAGGAUUUCUACAAGAAUGUAAUGAUGGAGGAUCACCAGUCCCUCGGCACACUGUAUGGACCCGCGGGUCGAACUACACAUGAACAAUUUGACAACCAGUUUGCUUCCCGGAAUUGUGCCACUGAAAACACUGAUGAUAUCAGAAGUAAUCAGGGAACAAAAUAUGUGAUAAGUUGUUCACGGCAGCAAGAAAGGAAAAAUUUGAUGAGCAGAGCAAAAGAAUUGGCAUCAGAUGAAAAUGGAAAUCUCCCAGAUACAGAUAUUUAUAUAACUAUAGAACAUUCACAGACAGAAUCUACAUCGAUACCAAUGUUAAUGAAAUCUGCCUCAUGUGAGGAAGGAAAUCUCACUGAUAAUUAUAUUCGUAUUACCACAGCCAUGCAGGCACAGUCUAUGAAUACACCUGAUAAAGGGGAAAUUGCUUCAUAUGGAGAAAUAAAUCUCACAGGCAUGUAUAUAUCUACAGAACAUCCACAGGCAGAAAACACAUGUCAUAUUAAGGGGGAAGCAGGAAAUCUCACAGACCCUGAUUGUUAUGCGCACACAGAGAUAGAUUAUACAUCUACUCAUAGUUUGUUGUUGGAAGAUGAAGGAAAUUACACAGACAUUUGUACACCCAAAGAAUAUAAAUCUACGCAGAUUAAGGUGGAACCAAUCUCCGGUGAAGGACAUUUAACUAACAUUUAUACAACCACAGAACAUACAUCUACUUUGAUUAAAGAGGAACCAGCUUCAUCUGAAGAAGAUAAUUUCACAGAUACCCAGGAAGAAUAUCUAGUUGAAGAGAAUGAAUGCAAUAGAAGUAACAAUAUUGUUUUGGUAACAGAAGAGAAUGAUCAUGGUAAAAACAUCAACAACGUGACAGAUUUUGUAGAUUCUCCACAACCCCACAGCAUGUUGAGAAUGUUUAACUGCACAGCAUGUCAGAAAUGUUUUACCAGUAGCUCUGAAUUUGUAAAACAUCUGAACACUCAUAGAGUAAAAAGGCUCCCGUGUUCUUAUUGUAAUAAAUACUUUGAUUGUAAUUCAAGCCUUGUACGGCAUAUGACAGUCCACACAGGAGAGAAACCAUUUCAAUGUUCUGAAUGUGGUAAACGUUUUACUCAAAAUGCAUGUCUUGUUAGGCAUAAAAAUAUUCACACACAAGAAAAACACAAAUUGAUGCACACACAAGCAAAGCCAUUUUCAUGUUCUAAAUGUGGGAAAUGUUUUGCCCAACGCCCCCAUCUUGUUCAGCAUCAGAGGAUUCACACAGGAGAGAAACCAUUCUCAUGUACUGAAUGUGGGAAAUGUUUCACCAGUAAGUCAACUCUGCUUACACAUAAAAUGGUUCACACAGGAGAAAAGCCGUUCUCAUGUUCUGUGUGUGGUAAAUGUUUUUCUAGACGUUCCAGCCUCGUUGAACACCAAAGAAUUCAUACUGGAGAGAAACCUUUUUCCUGUUCUGUAUGUGGGAAAUGUUAUUCUCAUAAAUCAGAUUUAGUUGUACACAGUAGGAGUCACACAGGAGAGAAACCUUUCUCAUGUUCUGAAUGUGGGAAAACAUUUGACACCCGAUCCUAUUUUGCUACGCAUCAAAGGAUUCACACAGGAGAGAAACCAUAUUGUUGUGCAGAAUGUGGAAAAUGUUUUACUGCAAAAUCGACUCUUGCCAUGCAUCGAAGGGUUCAUACAGGAGAGAAGCCAUUCUCAUGUUCUAAAUGCGGGAAAUGUUUUAGUUCUCGCUCAUAUCUAAAGACACACCAGAAUAGUCACAGUAAUACAAGUACACUGUAAUGUUUUGUAUAUUCAGACUAUUUUACUGCUAAAUUAAUUAAUAAAUGAUUUUGCAUAUGGGAGAAAAGUCCUCUU